AUGAAGCUUCUGGCCGUGCUGUGCGCGUGCGCGCUCGUCGCCGCCGACCAUCACGGCGGAGAGGACCAUGCGCCCUCUUCGGCCCAGCUGGGCACAGGCCUCAACUACCUGUUCCGCCGCUUCCUGACCAUGUCGCAGCCGGACCAGAUCAAGCUGCAGGACGCGCUGGACGUCAGGUGGAGGCAAGACAUGUACUCCAGCAACCCCGUCGAGUCGUCGCGGAAGGCAAUCUUUGACGGGGCCGAGAAGAACACCUUCUCCCACAUUUACAGCAUCAUCUCGCCUGAGGCGAAGGGCUUCGACGGCACCGGACAGUGGAUACGGCACAACGCCCUUGACGUCCUGAUCGGCUGGCAUCAUGGGGCGGCCUUCAAGAUCCACAUGUUAACGGAUGGCGGAAUCCACAAGGAAGUUGUGCUCGGCAAUCCUCUGGACCGCGAAGGCGCCAAGUUCGUCGCUAUCGCCCCCAAGUCCACCCUCUGGACCAUCGAAUCCGCCUCGGAUGAGACCUUCGCCUUGUUUUCCCUCGUCGCUGUCCCAGGCUGGACAGAAGAGGGUUUCGAAGAGUUCUCGCUCAAGGACAUGGGGACCAAGUUCCCUGAUCACUCGGAACUCUUCAAGGCUCUGGCCACGCCAGGCAUCAGCAAGAGUGGCGACCACGACCAAGAUGAUGACGGCCACCGCCAUCACGACCACGAUGAUGAUCAUCAUGGUUACCAUCACCACGGCCGCUACGGCUAUCGCAGCCAUCACCGCCGCUAGUCCUUUACAAUGUGGUGAUAUGCCUCAUACGAGCAUAUCUUCGGCUUGAGAUGGACAUCGGGAGCAAAGUGACCCGCUUCGAUUGUUUCUCACCUCUCACGCGAAUAAACCCCGAUCGCGAGAGUGAACACCUCGCGCAGAAUGUGA